AUGUUUCAUCCACCGGGUCCUGUUUUUCCCCCCUUUGGUCAAGGAGGCGGCUUCCGUGGUCGAGGCUUUGGUGGUGCCCGAGGUUUUGGUGGUGGCCGAGGCGGUGGGUUUGCUGGAGGCCAAGGUGGUGGGUUUGCUGGAGGCCGAGGUGGUGGGUUUGCUGGAGGCCGAGGUGGCGGCCGCGGUCGUGGUUGGGUCCCCUCUGCCGAGUUCAGAGUCCAAGGUCAGGCCAAUCGCUUUUAUCACCCCAACGGUCCAGCCGCUGGGGUGCCUUUUGGUCAUGGUCACCCUCCGGUUGGUGUGAUCCUUAAGUUUCUUAAUUCCAACCGAGCUCAAGUGGACAUCGACAACUUUUUGAAUCCACCACCUAACCCGUCUGGAACUCGUCGCCAAUCGCCAAUCGCAGUUCCAUCUACUCCUAGUAUCCCAGCCAAUGCUGACCAAGAACCUAGUCACAUCAGCUCUGUACUCUCCAUCGACAGCUUUCAUACUGCUGAGGAUUUCUUGCUUCCUCAAAUUCGAGUCCCGUCGCCUUCUCCUGCCGGUAUGUACGACCCAGACGACUAUCAUCAUCUAGCUCGCCACCAAGUCGAGGCUUUGUUAGAUCGACGUGCGGCGCCCGAGCGCUUUGAUCGGUAUGAGUUUACUCCCCAACAUUUCACCGAUUUUUAUCAAUCGGCAACCACGGCUCUUGUGCACCACUUUACCCGCCACCCUGCUGCCAAUGCCAACGAGCGUCAAGAUCGAGUCCGCUUGUUCCGUUUUCUCACCCGCCAAUACCGUACCAUGACCCGUCGUGUCGUAUGA